AUGGCACCAUCAAUCAAAUCACGCCACGUGGCCGUAAUCAGAGCUGGAGCCGCCGGACUAGUGGCAGCGAGAGAGCUUCGACGGGAAGGUCACUCUGUCGUCGUCUUCGAGAGGCAGAAAGAGACUUCCCAUUCAUGGUCCGAUCCGGCGAAUCCAGAGUUCCGAGGAGGUUCCCGAGUCACGCGCCGUGGCUCUCCUUCGCCGGGAUACCAUGUAAGGUUAUCUCCUCUACCGUUUCCUAUGUUUGAGCUGCAAAGCAAGUGGAUUGCGGGUGUUUUGUCUCGUCGGAUCAUGCUUCCUUCAAAGGAAGAUAUGUUAAUGGAAAUCGAAACCUUGUAUGCAAGACUUGAAGGGGAAGGGGUUCCUAAGCGAUAUACUCACUCUUUGGGCAUCAACCAUUUUGAGUACAAUGAUUGGUUGGCUUCAGAAUAUGGGUGCUCAGGAACAGAGGAAUAUAGGAAAGAGAUGUUCUUGAUGAGUUUCAUGAGGAAGAUGGAGAAUCCGGAGACGUAUAGAGAUGAAUGGGAAGAUCAUCAUCACUUGGUUGCUCAAGCUAACCAUGAUUUCUCUUUGUAUAUUGUAAAAUAA